AUGAACAAAUAUGAAAUACUUGGAAUCGUGGGUGAGGGAGCUUAUGGUGUAGUCUACAAAGCCAAAAAUAAGGAGACUGGAGAGCAAGGUAUAAAAUUUAGAUGCCUUUACUAAUUUUAUAAAGUUGCCAUUAAAAAAUUUAAAGAGUCAGCUGAUGAAGAUCAAAUAGUAAAAAAGACCACUUUGAGGGAAGUUAAAAUGCUGCGAUUGUUUGAGUACAUGGAUAAAAACCUAUUAGAAGUGCUUGAAGAAUAAGGGGGUAAUGGGUUGGAGCCUUUUCAAGUGAAAAAAUACAUCUAUCAAAUGUUGAGAUCAAUUAGCUACUGCCACGGAAUGAAUAUCAUGCAUAGAGACAUUAAGCCUGAAAAUCUGCUAAUUAAGCAUGAGACUUAGGAAUUAAAGGUAUGCGAUUUCGGAUUUGCCCGCUUCAUAAACAGUGCAAAGGAAAAUCAGGGACCAAGCUAACUUACCGAUUAUGUUGCAACGAGGUGGUAUAGAUCUCCUGAAUUACUUCUCAUUUCAGAUUCUUUGCAAUAUGGCAAAGAAGUAGAUAUCUGGGCAGUAGGUUGUAUAAUGGGAGAACUUACAGAUGGACAGCCUUUAUUUCCUGGAGAAUCAGAAGUAGAUCAACUGUUUGUUAUUUAGAAAGUUCUUGGAUCUCUGCCCUAAUUUUUGCAAGAAGAGUUUUAAAAGAAUCCCAGAUUCGUAGGACUUAAGUUUCCAGAUGUUUCGAAGCCUGAGACUCUCGAGAGAAGGUAUUCAAGCAAAAUGGGGGAAGUUGAGCUGAGUCUAAUGAAAGGCCUAUUGGAGAUGGACCCUAAUUUGAGGUUCUCAGCUGAGGAUGCUAUAAAUCAUGAAUACUUUGACGACAUCCGUUAGCAUGAAGAGUUGGAGUUUCUAUAAAAGCCUUUAUUGCUUAAUAAUAGGGCAUUAUCACCUGAUUUCAACAGUUAUGGAAAGACAUAAAAUCAGCUUAAAAAUACAUAUCAGCAGCAUCAAACAACGACAAUGAUUUAUGGAGGGGGUAUAUAAAAACCAAUUAAUGUAACUAAUAAGAAACAGCAAUAUCUAAAUUAGAUUAAUCAGAUGUAGGGAACUAAUAAUAAUUUAUCAUUUGCUGAUACGCAUUAUAACACUCAAAUAUCAAACAACAAUAACAACACAGCUGUGUUCAGCAACUUAAGUCAGCAAACUAACUUUGGAAACUUCCACAAUUAAAACAUUCAAUCUCUGUACAACAGCGGCGGCUAACUCUAAAAUGACUAUUCCUAUAAUAUUAAUUUGGAUGGCACUCCAGGCAAAAACUCAGGCAGUGGUAAUGUCUACAUGUAUCAAUAACCUACAUUCAUCCCUAACACCACUCACCUAAUCAUUUAAAAUACUUAGUCCAAUCAAAUGCAUAAUAGCAACAGCUAGAAUAACAAUUAGCAAACAAUACCUUAACAGUAGCAGUAAAUGCUUUCAUCUGUAAAUAGCCGCGUAUCACUUGAUAGAGAUGAUUACAUAUUUGAAAAUGUAACUUCACCUGAUUAACUUCUCAUGUAUUCCCAGUAGCAAUAGUAAUAACACCUAUCCUAUUUAAGAAGCAGUAGUAUAACCUCAAACUAAGGCUUUAAUAACAAUAACUAGAGAAUUAUGACUCAAGGUGGUAUAUAGAAGUAUCAAGGCCAAUCUCAAUCUCCACCUUCAAUCAGGCAAAAAUAUUAGCAGACCUAGCAUUAGCCUUAACAAAAUCAGCAAUACUAAAUCCCUAAUUCAACAUAUAAAGCUACCAAAAUCUAUCAACCAAUCAAUAAACAAAAGAAGUCCAAUCAAUAUACUAUGUACCAAUCUAAUCACAUGCCUCAGACAUAGCAUCGCCAAAGAGGUUAUAACUAUCCUCUUACUAACAACUAACCUUCCGAUACUGGUGCUGCUCCAGAUAAUAUAUUUGGAUCUCAAUUUAUAAUAAAUACUUCUGGAAACAGUUAAUUAAGUGGAUAUCCAAUGAUUUAUAAUCAGAGCAGUCCACAUAAUGGCCACAUUAUAUACAGUUCAUAAGAAAGAAAAAGAUCUUAGAUUAAGAAUCUUGCACCACUAGGAAGUCAUUACAAUCCAAGCGAUAUGAAUCUUCAAGGAUCUUAACUUUAGUACUUUUCACCUAACGAUAGAGAACCUAGGUCGCAUAGUAAAAAGCAAAUACGAGUGGCAAAUAAUGGAUAGAAUUAAAACUAAAACUCUCAAAUUUAAGCUGCAUUUUUAAAGUAAAAUUCAGCUUCAGCGUUUAAUGAGAAUGAAUAUACCUAUCAAAUACCUAGCAUACCAUCCUAGGCCAAGAUAGUGACUGGUAACGUGAUGACUAAUUCGCAAAUACUAUCUAUUGAUUCAGUAAACCGUCAAACUAGCGAAAGCUUUGUCCCUAAUACUAUCAACUUUAAUCACUCUCCUUCAAACUAAGGUUAUGGGCCUAAAUUCAAAAAGCUUAGUGACAUAAUGCUUUAACCUCCUGGUAGCUCUGGAAAUAAUCACAUGAGUGUACAGCAAAACUUUGAAUUAAACAGUAUAAAUAAUAUGACAUUUAGUAAUAACAACACUACAACCAAUACUAAUUUGACAUAGAGUAUGGCUGCUAACAACACUGCUAAUAAUACAGCAACAAACAAUAAUAGCAAUAUAAACAAUAACAAGAUUUCAAGCAUUGUUAGUAAUAAUAAUGAUUUUUCGCCAGCACAGAUGAUAAACAUCUCUAAAUAUACAUAAAGCAUGAGAUGA